ACAAACCGCUUGCUGCGAUCGCUCAACUUCUGCGUCGUGUGUCGUGUGGUGUUUAGUACUAACUAAUCGUCAACACACAGGAUUUAAACCAUGGAUUCCCAGAAGGCGUUUAAUAAUGUGUUGUUUCGACUAGAGUAGCGGAACACGUCUGUAGGAUCCAUUAUGGCGUACACCUUCAAGGGCGGUAAGGUGGAGCUGAUGAUUAGCUGUCAGAAUCUGGCCAAUCUGGACGUGUUCACGAAGACUGACCCGAUGUGUGUGCUGUUCGUCAAACAGUUCGGACAGUGGAAGGAGUUCGGACGGACUGAAGCAAUCAGGGAGUCCUUGAAUCCAGGGUUCACAGAGUCGUUCAUUGUGGAUUUCGAGCCGGAUAUCCAGCAGUCGCUGCUCUUCUCUGUGUACGACAUCGACAGCAGAUCCAAUGACUUAAGGAAUCACGACUUCGUUGGGUCCGUGGAACUAGUUCUGGAAUCUCUGGUGGAUUUGAGCAAACCGUGGACGACCACGACCAGGGUGUUACGGGUGGCUGGUGACCCCAAACCUCGAGGUUUGAUGAACAUCACAGCGGAACUAAUUAAGCAGACGAAAGGAAAAGUCCAGUUCCACAUAGCCGGCCAUAAGCUGGGCAAAGUUGGCCUCUUUGCAAAAAAGCCGGAUGCUUACCUAGAAAUAGGUCGAGAAAUCAACAGCGUCACCUACCAGCCUAUCUUCAGAACGGAAGUGCAAUACAAAUCUAGAGAGCCGUGGUGGCGACCUUGGGAGAUUGGCGUCCAGAAACUGUGUAACGACCAAUGGGAUCGGUCCAUACAGUUUUCAUGUUGGCAUUCUAAUUAUGGAGGAAUAGCAAGUUCACCGAACGUGCUUCUAGGUGUAACAACCACCACUUUGAGAGAACUCGACAGCAUGAAAAGCGACCAUAACUAUAAACGUCUAGACCUCAAAUGUCCGAAGAAAGAAAAGAAGAAGAAAAAUGCUUUUUCUGGUAGCUUAAGAUUUUAUCAGUACAGGGAGCCCUCGGGGGGAGUCGCUCUCCUGAGGAUCGAGAGAGAGGCGAGUCGCCCAGAGAUCGAUCUCUGGAGGGAGAGAGAGAUGGAGAGAUUAGCUUUCGAGAGCGGACUCGAGGAGGAGGAUGCACCCACGUGGAGAGCAGCUCUCGAGAAAUGCUCAAAGAUAAACCCUCAUGGCUAUUCAUCUAAUGGUGAAAUAUCGGAUAAGCUCUCACUGCAUAGCACUUGUGAUGCAAGAAACAACCAGUAUUUAAACACAAUAGAAUCCCUGGGCGCUUUGAUCGCGCGAUACGACGUUGAACAGAAGGUAGCCCUGUUCGGGUUUGGGGCCAAAACGACGGCCGAAGGCAACCCGAAGACUUGCUUUCCCAUUCUAGACAAGAACUCCAACAUUUGGGUCAAAGGGAUUAAGGGUGCGGUCAAGGCUUACAACGCGAUCCUCCCCACACUGCAGUUCUCAGGUCCAACCUACAUCGCCCCCGCGAUUUCUACCGUCUCCCGACUCAUCAAGGACGAGAAGGUGACCCAGGACAGACAGAUCUAUUACGUUCUCCUCGUGUUGACAGAUGGUGUUAUUAACGAUAUUGACGCCACAGUACAUGAAUUAAUAUCCACCAGUUCUCUCCCUUUAUCCGUUAUCAUAACUGGCAUCGGUCCUGCAGAUUUUACUCUAAUGGAGCAGUUUCACACGAGUGUUAACAAGCCCCUUACAGACGAACGGACGCGGAAGUCGGCGGAAAGACCUAACGUCCAUUUUGUGUCAUUGAAGAAAGAUUCUUUCACAAGCGGAGGAGGUAUUAUGGUGAUUCAGGAGGCCUUUGCGGCACUUUCGGUACAUGUGACGCAGUACUUGAAGAAGAAAAACAUCAGCCCAAACAAAGCCAAACUGAUGAAGCUGGAUCCUUUAAAGGGCUGGGUAAAUCCGACAACGCGUCUCGUCAGUGAAGAUGACCAGUUUGGUGAUAUUAAAUCUCCCAUCUCGACCAAGUCACUCAGGCCAAAGUCAGCCAUCGUCGACAGUCUCACAGGUCCAACUUGUCCUACCUGUGGGUCAUAUAUGGCGCCAGGCGCGUCAAAUGGAACCAAUGGUGCACCAUAGCGAACACCACGUGUGCCAUUUCCUGCCAGUUCUUUCAGAGAUCAAGGACAUUCUCUAUACUAGUACCGACAUGUGAUUUGGACGAAUAAAACAGUGACCCUUAAGACGGGUGGCUAUUUGACAGGUGGCUGCACAACAGAGGUGGCCAUUUGAGCAGAACUGACAGUGGAUUUGUUCCAAACACUCAUGCGAAACAUCUCUGCUAGAAGGAGUUUUAAAAAAACAGUGGGUUGUUAAGACACAGCGACUUGAUCAGUAAUGAACAGUGCCUUCUACUGCUGCCAAAAUGUAAUUCUAGUUAAAACGUGGGCUGCGUUCAGACAGACAGACAAAGAGAUAGAGACAGAGAGAGGGAGAGACAGAGAGAGAGAGAGAGAGAGAGAGAGAGAGAGAGUGUGUGUGUGUGGGUGUGGGUGUG